CUCUAACCUCAGCCUCCCGGUCCCUGUCUCUCCGCGUGUCUUCACUGAGUCUCCUCUUGGUGGGCGGCGCAGUCGCGCUCUGAGCCGCAGCAAUCGUCGCUGCCGUAGACGGACCUCUUUCUGUCUCUAACCCCCUCUUGCGCCCGCAUAAUCUCUCUCUCUCUCUCUCUCUCUCUCUGAGCGACCCAGCUCCGCCUCUUGUUCUUUUGCAGCUCGACCGCUCCGAUUCGCCGCCAGUCUUUGGCCGUCGCCACGCCUAUCUCGCAGAUUCGACGGCGAAACUAAGGCUAACUCAUGGCAUGCUCCUCAGAUCGUCGUUUCUUAUUUUGCGGCGUCUGCGGGACGCAGCUUGCUUUAAGUUCAGUCAAGUUUGCAAAAUGCCCUCUGUGUAAUUUUAAGCGGAGCACUAAAGAAAUUGCUGGAAGAGAAAUUAAGUACAGAGUAACCGCUCAGGACAUAAGGAGGGAGCUAGGCAUAUCUACCUUCGAAGAGGGGAAGCUGCAAUUGGCAACGAUAACUCGAAAGUGUGAAAAAUGUGGCAACGAUGAAUUCGAGUAUACUCGGAAGCAGAUGAGAUCGGCAGAUGAAGGGCAGACCACAUUUUUGACAUGUACCAAAUGCAGGGACACUAUUACCGAAAACUAACUGAGCUUCCUAGAGUUUCAGGGAACCAAUUUCUCUUGCUGUUAUCAAGCGGACUCAGCUCACUCACUGCUCAUGAGAAGUCUGAUGAAAACAACCCCUGUAUUGUGUCUGGAAGAGCCACCAUUAGCUUUUUCUUUUGUAUGGAUAUAUUCAGUUUAAAUAAUUAUUUUUAGAAAAA